CCAUCAUCUCUUCUUCUUCUCAACAACCAACUUUUUUUAUACACGGGCUGGCACUCGAUUUUUUUCUUGUAUUAUUUAACAUUGUGUACCAGUCACCAGCUUUCCUAGGACCUUUUGUGAUAUUCAGUUUCAAACAAAACGUGUGUAUAUCAUCAACAAACAACCACACUCAAAAUGAAGACCUGCAUCAUCCUCGCUGCUACUUGCGCCUCAACGGCCUUUGCUGUCGCCGUUGCACCGCACGACCCUGCUCUCGCGGAGAUCGUCGCCAGGACCGCUGAGAUGGCCAAGAUCGAGACCCGGGCCGACAAGGAAGGCGGUGGCGAAGGCAAAGGCUCCAAGAAGAACGAGACGGGCAAGGGAGGUGCCAAGGGCGGUAAGAACGGCACCGAGCCGGCCAAGGGCGGCGACGAGGGUGGCAAGGGAGGUUCCAAGGGCGGCAAGAACGGCACCGAGCCGGCCAAGGGAGGCAGCGGCGGCGGUAGCGGCAGCGGCAGCGGCAGCGGCAAGGGAGGUAACUCGACCGCUCCCGGCAAACUCCCCUCCAAGGGUGCCGCCUCUGGCCGCAUGGCCGCUCUCUCCAACGCCGGCGGCUACGUUACUCUCGCUGGCUUGGGUGUCACUUUUGCCCUCUACAUGUAA